CCUCCGCUCUUGCCGUAGCCGCUGUGGUGUCGGCGGACCGGAAGUGGUGGUAGCCGCUAUGGCGGCCGCCUGCGGGAGGGCGCUGCUGCGGGGCGCGCGGCCAGCACUGCACCCACGGUGGUUUUCUUCCUCGACGUGUCGAACGAGCAGCGAUGGGCAGCGCGCAAAGUUCCAGCCGCCACCGAAACCCGUCAUCAUCGACCGGCAGAAACGCAGGGAGGAAAGGAGGUUCUUGAGCCCUGAAUUUAUACCUCCCAGAGGAAGAACGGAUCCUUUGAAAUUCUAUAUGGAAAGAAAGGACAUGAUACAGAGACGAAAAGUUUUCAACAUCCCCGAGUUCUAUGUUGGCAGUAUACUCGCUGUUACUACUGCAGAUCCAUAUGCUGAUGGCAAAACCAACCGGUUCGUAGGGAUCUGCAUUCAAAGAGGAGGAAAAGGGCUUGGUGCUACCUUUGUGCUUCGGAAUGUGAUAGAAGACCAAGGCAUUGAAAUUUGUUAUGAACUGUACAGCCCUCGAAUCCAGGAAAUCACGGUUCUGAAGCUGGAAAAAAGGCUGGAUGACAACCUGAUGUACCUGAGAGAUGCCCUUCCUGAAUAUAGUACUUUUGAUGUGAAUAUGAAACCUGUGCCUCAUUUAGACCAUGAAGAAAUUCCUGUAAACAAGCUCCAGGUCAGAAUGAAACCUAAACCAUGGUCAAAACGGUGGGAGAGGCCAAAAUACAACAUAAAAGGAAUCAAGUUUGAGCUACCUGAGAAAAAAAUGAAGGAAGCAGAGAAGUGGAAACAGCCCUGGCUGGAGUUUGAUAUGCUGCGAGAGUACGAUACCUCAAAAAUAGAGGAAAAAAUAUGGAGGGAAGUGAGUGAAGAGCUGAAUAAGUAGCAGCUCUUAGUUCAAUGUAUGAAUUGUCAGUUUGCAAGUUUUGUAUGCAUGUAAAAGACGGAGUAAAAUUUCAGCAGUUCUUGUCUGAAUGUUCAAACUGU